AUGCCGGGGAAAUUUAUGCCGUUGGACUUCUCAAAACAGAGGUUGCGACAGCUUCAACAUCAAAUGCGGGUCAAAGAAGAAAGAAUAGCUGAACUGGAAACAGAAAAUGCUAUUCUGCACCUGAAAUUGGCAGAGAAGCUUCAACAAGAUGUCAAGGAGUUUCGGAAUUCUUUCCUGGUGCUCUUACAAAGCUGUCAGGAGGAGUACCAGAGCUGCCUGUCUGACGUAGCGGCUGUUGUACAGAGGGCAGAGCUGAGCAAUGAGGCUCUUCGAGCUUCUCAGUCAGAGGCUACACACCUACAGCAGUGCUUGCAGGAACUGGAGUCACGCUACCACUCGGAGCAGCAGAGGAGGAAGGCCCUCCAUAACAGCCUGGUGGAGCUGAAAGGAAACAUCCGAGUCCACUGUCGCAUUCGCCCCUUUGUGUCGGUUGAUGAGGAGCUGGUUGGCCCGACUUCCCAGAACUGCCCCACCCCUGGAGAAGUGGUCCACGCUGUUGAUGACGAAACAGUCCUGGUCAGGUGUGUGCUUCCUGGCCGCCCUCCUGCCGAGAAGACCUACACCUUUGAAAGAGUGUACGGCCCAGCAGAACCUCAGGCAGCGGUGUUUGGAGAUGUGCGCCCCCUCCUCAUAUCCCUUUUGGACGGGUAUAAUGUAUGCAUUAUGGCAUAUGGACAGACUGGAAGUGGGAAAAGCUAUACCAUGUUGGGGCCCCACUCUGAAGAUGACUCUGCACUGCUAUCAGGUGCUCGUAACGACUUGGGGAUCAUCCCCAGAGCAGCUGAGGAACUCUUCAGGCUCAUGUCAGAAAACCCUUCAAGAAGCCCAAAGGUUGAUGUUUCCAUAGUAGAAAUUUAUAACAACAACAUUUUUGACCUUCUGGCCAAAGAUGGUUCUACAGUGAUGUCUGGGGCUAAGUGCCAGGCGGUGACAACCCAGGAGGGACGUUCAGAGGUACCUAAGCUGACCUGCAGGUCUGUCACAAGUGCCGUGGAGUUUGUGGGGCUCAUCCACAGAGGCGUGAAACUCAGAGUGCAGCACCCCACCCUGGUACACCGGAACUCUUCCCGAUCUCACUUGGUUGUCACAGCAACGCUGACCACAGCUUCCUCCUUGGGCAGCACUGCCCCACAGUCCAGCCAGGCUUCCCUCCAGAAGAAAGCAGGGGCAGGGAACUGGUGGACUGCCCAUCCCCGGGCUUCAUCUCCGCGUACCGUUCCAGUGGACUCUGCAGACCCAUCUGAGCAGGUGCUGGCCAAGCUGCAGCUUGUGGACUUGGCCGGCAGUGAGUGUGCAGCAGUGUCUGGGGUGACUGGUUUGGCACUGAAGGAGACCUCCUUCAUCAACCGAAGUCUGGCCGCCCUUGCAGAUGUCCUUGGAGCUCUGUCAGAGCACUGUGACCACAUCCCUUAUCGGAACAGCAAGCUCACGCACCUGCUCCAAGAUUCCAUCGGUGGUGAUGCAAAGUUACUGAUGAUUCUGUGUGUAUCCCCUGGACAGAAGCACAUGGCAGAGACUCUACGGGGCCUAAAAUUUGGGGCUCGAGCACGGCAGGUUGAGCGAAGAGCACCCAGAAGGAGACCUCGCAACUCCCAGAUGCAGAGGUCAGGGAUGGGCCUGGCAGGGUCAGCUGCUCUUCCUUGAGAUGUGUUUCAUGUCAGUGCUUUAGGAU